AUGUCCAAAUACCGACCAAUACUACCCCAGAGAAGAAGCCCAGAGGUCGCAAACAAUGAAGAGGAUAUCCAAGAACGACCACGAAAGCGACGUGCUAUAAUUGCUCAGGCGUGCCAUUUCUGUCGCGAGAAAAAGGCAAAGUGUGAUGGGGCUCGCCCAACAUGUCUGAAUUGUGCCUCUAAAAACAAAGAAUGUGUAUAUGACGGCGAAGAGGGUCAGUCGCGAUCUGCCGCAUUAAAAGCCCGUGUUGAGUCAUUAGAAAAGCUUGUCGACCAACUACAGUCAGGGAAACCAGGGCAAUCCAGCGGUAGCAAUGAUCCAAUUGGGGCAUCAGUUGACCGGACUGUGGGCCAUUUGUCUAAGCUUUCUGCCCGCCUCUCAUUUCCUACCGCUUCGACUACCCAGACUGCAGUGGAUGGGUUUUUUAGUUGUAGCGGAAAACUUUUUCAUGUUUUCUCGCGAACACAGGUAGCGGAGAUCUUCCAGUCAGUGUUCCAGAGCCAAGGUGAAUCCGAUUCCGGCCGUGACCAGAAAUCGGACCUCUGCUGUUUGAUGGCCAUUGCGGCUGUAGGAUGUCAGUAUUCCCAGGACGAGACGGACCGAGAAGUUGAAGAUAUCUUCUAUUGUCUUGCCCAGCACCACCUCGAUGAUGUUAUGGAGACUCGCCCCAUGGAUGCAAUCAAGGUGUGUACGCUAUUUGGCAUGUAUAAUAUAUUCAAAAAGGCUACCGCGUCUCUCGCCUACGUAGAUAUCGGUUUGGGAAUAUGUCGAAGAUUUGGUCUAGACUCGGAAAUACUUACACCUAAAGACCUUGUCUGGUUUGAUUACAGAAAAACUUGGAGGACCUUGAUAUUUUUAUCAACUUGGCUUUCCGCCACUCUAGGAUGUAAAUCUGGGAAUGAAGAAUUACUAGGAAGAAUUUCGCCUUCUCAGUUAGAAGUUGGGGAUUCCUCAGAUAUCUCAGAAACUAUCCAGACAGAGAUGGCUAAAAUUGCUAUGCUCAAAGCUCAUAUACUUCAGAUGCAUCUAGCUUUCAAGGACUUUACCCUACUCUCCAUACAGUCCAUAAUGCGAGAUCUCCAGGCUUGGUAUGAAAAGAUGCCUCCAAUAAUGCAUCUUGAGAGUAUUGGACAGACAAGCCUACCUGUAGAAGCUAGGCGGUCGAUAUGUCAUGUUCACUUACUUUACCUCGGCGCAAAUAUGCUCUUAUUUCGUCGUAUCGCUUCCCAAUUAGUGAGGUCUUCAGCUAGAGGCGUUGAUCAAGGCAUAUUAUGGCAACCGAGUGAGAGCACGCUGAAGGAGCAGAGCGAGCGAGCCUUGUCAGCCGCCAGCAGUUCUGCUCGAAUCAUCAAGAUCCUCCUAGAUGAUAACGGUGUUUUUAAACGGUGCUGGCUUGUGAUGUCCGUUUCCACCAAUAAACUCGUAUUGAUUCUUAAGCGUGCGACUAACACCGCAUCAAACAGAUUCCAAACGUAUACUUCUUGCGUAAUAAUCCUCCACGCAAUUUCGCAGAAACAAGCUGCUAACCUUGACCCGUUAACGUGGAAAGGAGAUAUGGCGAAUGCGAAAUUAUGUUUGGAGGCUUUAACAUUUUGCGGGUCGUUGGAUCCUGUGGCCGCACGGUUCCAUGAUCGAUUAUCCACCAUCUACGAGUCCCUGCUUAGUUUAAGCCAAGUCGGCGCUACAUCUUUCCCUGGUAGCUAUUCUUUCGAUGAAACGAGUCAAGAAACCUCUGCCACUAACGCGCCCACUACUUCCACCCUUAACCCCCCACUACCUGUUCAAGCUUCUCCAUCACAACUGUCGUUUGACCUUCUGGAGCUAUUAUGCCGACCAUUUGGGGACCCAUCUCACAAAGAGAUGAGUAAAGAGUGCCUCGCUUCCGAAAGCUGCGACCCAACUAGAUACGAGCACCCACAAUUGGUGACGCGAUUGGACUGGGACUUUGAGAGUAAGGCCCCGUUUGUAUGGAGUUUGCAUACUCUGGGGAUUGGAAGUGGUGAGGCUAGCCUCCCUGGACCACAGUAUCUAGGACGUCUUCCUCGCCGUCACUUUCUAGACUCUACGACACCCAGUGGGUGGGUACCAACGUAGGGACUACCUUGAGAUGCAACCCAUCGCCAUUUGGCUCCUCUCAAUGUCUCAACUUAGCACGGGCUGGCAUGGGUUGGGGGACAUUGUCGACUAUAUGGGAUCUGCCCG